CUUGCGAGCUGGUGUCUUUGGCUCCCGUGCGGCGACUACGAGCGAGAUUCUAAGAUGGGUGAUAUUGAGAAGGGCAAAAAGAGUUUUGUCCAGAAGUGUGCUCAGUGCCAUACCGUGGAGAAAGGAGGCAAGCACAAAACUGGGCCCAAUCUCCAUGGUCUGUUUGGGCGGAAGACGGGUCAGGCACCUGGAUUCUCUUAUACUGAUGCUAACAAGAACAAAGGCAUCACCUGGGGAGAGGACACGCUGAUGAAGUAUUUGGAGAACCCCAAGAAGUACAUCCCGGGAACAAAAAUGAUCUUUGCUGGCAUUAAGAAGAAGACCGAGAGGGCAGAGUUGAUAGCUUACCUCAAAAAGGCUACUAAUGAGUAAUAGUUGGCACUGCCUUAUUUAUUACAA